GCGUGCAAGCGGCUGCGUCGGGCUGCAGGAGAAGAUGGCGGUCUCCACAGGAGUUAAAGUUCCUCGUAAUUUUCGCUUGUUGGAAGAACUUGAAGAAGGACAAAAAGGAGUAGGCGAUGGUACGGUUAGCUGGGGCCUUGAAGAUGAUGAAGAUAUGACACUUACAAGGUGGACAGGCAUGAUUAUUGGGCCACCAAGGACAAAUUAUGAAAACAGAAUAUAUAGCCUGAAAGUAGAAUGUGGACCUAAAUACCCAGAAGCUCCUCCAUCAGUUAGAUUUGUAACCAAAAUUAAUAUGAAUGGAAUAAAUAAUUCCAGUGGAAUGGUGGAUGCACGGAGCAUACCAGUGUUAGCAAAAUGGCAAAAUUCAUAUAGCAUUAAAGUUGUACUUCAAGAGCUAAGACGUCUAAUGAUGUCCAAAGAAAAUAUGAAGCUUCCACAGCCACCAGAAGGACAAACAUACAACAAUUAAUUUAGUGGAUCUCAAACUUGUCUUAAAUCAACAAUCUUCUACUCAUGUUAGUGUCUUGAUUAAAUAUCACAAUUCAGAAUACCUACAUAUUAAGUAAAAGAAUUCCAGCUGGUAAACGUGACCUGGACAUUUGUAAGAAUAUAUUUAAUAUAUGUACACCCAUUAUGUUUUUAGGUAACAGGAGGAAAAAUGCAGCACAAAUUUUUUUUCUCUUGUUAAGGAACUGUCAUUUAAGCAUCAACCUGGAGUACUCACAAUAGAAUUCAGAUUCACAAGAUGAAAGCAUGGCGAGAAGUGUCAGAUGGCUGUGUAAGCAUGUGUGUUUCUGAAAAGUAAAAAUCUCAAGAAGGAAAAGCAGAAAUGGCAUGCUUUAUCCAUCUUGCUUAGUGAAAGAGCUUCAGUUGAAAUUGUCUAAAGUAGCAGGUACAAUGAAUAUUGUCACAAAUUGUGUUAAUUUUUGAAGCGGUGUGGGUGCUGACUACUAGUAGUAUCAAAAAUAUGUUCAGGAUUGUUUUGAUACCUGUAUUUAUAAUUAAAAAAAAUGUCAUAGAGGAGGUCGAUGAAUUUCUGUUCAAAGCUGUUCCUGUGUGUUACAUUUAACAGACAUGGCAAACAUUUGUUUACAGUCUUUGUUUGACAAACCAUGCAUUUAAGUUUAAGUGAAAUCAACAAAAAGGAAAUAAGUGUAUGAAUAUGUGAUUUUGAGAUUAAAGAUAGUCUUAAAAUGUAAAUAAAAUGUGGAACAUGUCCUCAGAAACCGUGCCAUUUCUAUUAUAUUGAUGUGAUAUAUGUACAGUACCUUGCUGAGGUAGCAAAAAUUGGAAUUAUUGUAGCUUUUCAUCUAUACACACCUUUUAUUAUUUAUCCUAUUUUGUAUACCUCUUGUGAAUUGGAAUUUGCAGAGUAUUUCAGAGAACAGAUUACCUAAUUAGUUUAAUUUCUUCUUUGGAGAAGGAGGAAUCCCAGGUAUUAUAUUUUGAGUUUGAUUUCACCAGAAAUGUUAUUAAAAACUUUGAAUAAUGCUAGUUGUCAUAGAAUUAAUAGACUGCAAAUUAUCCAAAUAUAUAUUCUGUUUUUUCUUUGUAACAUUAUUUUUCUUUAUUUUUUUGUGACGUUUCUUCUCCCAAUGCUUUUAAUACUAACUGGGAUUAAUUUUAUCCAUUCCGCUUAUCCUCUACUUUGGCAAAUAUGUAAUUCUGAAUUGAAAAUUCAUUUGUAUUCUGCUUUUACCAAAGUGACUUCAGGCUUUAGGCCACUGUUUUUCAUUUCAAAGCACUGGAUAUACUACUUUGUUGAAAAUACUCUUUUCUCAUGAAUUCACUGAAGAAAAUAGAAAGGUGGUCAGGUAACAAGGACAGAUUUCUCAAACGUGCCCUGACGUAUUUUUGUCAAGUUCACUCAAAGUUAAAGCUCUGAGCUACCUUUUCUUGGUCAAUAAUACAUUAAAGUCAGUGACAGUUUGUCUAAACUUAUUAAUUUCAACAUGGCUAUUCUAAUUAUCAAAGAUGUUUAAAAUGCUUUAAAAUAACACAUAGAGAAUAUAUACAGACAACUUAAUGCAUGUGUAAUUUAUUAAAGUAGGUUUUAAAUUAACUGUUACCUUGGAAUACAUUCUUAAAAAUUUCACAUGGUUGGAGAUUAAGUUGAAUUACACUGACAUCAUAUGUUAAGAGUCUGAUGGUUACUGAUGGUCUAAAUUAAUAUCUCUAAUGACUUCUUUUCCACCUUGAAAAUGUAUCUUGUCGUACCUGGGAGCUAAUAACCAUUUGAACACUGUUAAAUUAUUUAUAUAUUGAUGGGCUGAGAAUCUGGGUACCUUGAUCUCUUGUUGUCUUUCCUUUCCCUGUAUCUACUUUUGUGAAGGUUUAUUUUUCCCAGGUUUAUGUUGUCUGAGUCAGCCCUAUAAUGUUUAUUUCUCCUCUUUUGUUUUUGCGACUAUGUAUCUCUGCAGAAAUCUGCAUCCCAGUUAGCCAAUUUCCAAAGCAGAAUCCAUUUUGUAUGUCACAAUCAAGAUGUACAUGGCAAUCUAAGAUACAGUGGUUGGUUACCGGAGGAGUUAAUAUAGAGCCGUUCUUUAUUAUGGUAACAUUUCUAAGACGGCAGUUUUGAAGCAACUUUUCCUUUGUUUUGUAAAGUGGCUAAGGUUGUAGGAGUGUGUGGUAUUAGUUUAAAUGAACUGUAAAAUUGCUUUUGAAUUUGUUUAAAAGGCUAUAAGGUGAGACCCUAGGGGAUGAUCAUAUAUUAAUAAAGAUUACAAAAAUAAAAUUUUUGUCCUAUUA